CCGUGAAUAUCCUCGUCCAGCCAUUGCCGACACCAUGGCACGCAAAGCCAUCCAGAAUGACCAGAUCGUGAAGCUCAUUGUCGGCGCAGGCCAGGCAUCGCCCUCGCCGCCCGUCGGUCCUGCCCUCGGUUCCAAAGGUGUCAAGUCCAUGGACUUUUGCAAGGAAUUCAAUGCGCGAACGGCAAACUAUGUCCCAGGCACACCAGUCCCCGCGCGAGUGACAGUCCGACCCGACCGAUCCUUCCAUUUCGAGAUCCGAACACCUCCUACUGCGCAAUUACUCCUUUCCGCUGCGGGCGUGAGUCCCAUCAAGAACAAGCUGAAAGGCGCGGGCAAUACAGCAGGGCCGAAGUCGAAGUCAGGAGUGCUGGGUGCGGGCAAAGCAUCGUUUCAUGGCGGCACGGCGCCCGGGAAUGCUGGAAUGGGUCACGUUGGAAAAGUGAGCCUGAAGCACGUGUACGAAAUUGCGAAGAUCAAGCAGAGCGAGACACGGCUGUCUGGCAUAAGUUUGGAGUCACUGGCCAAGAGUGUGAUUGCACAGGCCGGGAGUAUAGGAGUGGUUGUCGAGCCCUGAGGGAGCAGAACUGGAAUUCGGGCAAUUGCAUAGCGCUGGCUGAAAAUGUACAAAGAAGUCACGAGGCAUGGCGUUUAGGGGCGGCAAUACCCAGCCUGGGAGGGCAUGUAAGAUAUGGGAAAUAAAUCGCGACUAUGGCUUCACGUACGCGCCAAGAUAUGGCUGAUCACUUCAAGCAAGAGGCGAUGUACCGAGACCAGAUGUCUUUUGACGUAAAAUCCGCGUGUCAUUGCACUCUGGAUUAUGCAUUAAAAGUAUAUACAGAUCCCAUCUGCUGCGAUGGGAAGUUGCACAGCGUUAGGUCAUGACCAUCUGAUGUUCCACCUCCUGCGAAGCUGCUCUCAGCUUCGCUCCUCGCCAUUAACUCCCGAAGUCUAUGCAUCUGUCUAUGCACAUCUACCGCCAAACUCCUUCGCUGCGGAUGCACCUCUCUAGGCUGUUGAGCGAAUGUGGCUGUACAAAUACACAAAAAGCGAAUGUAGGGUAUCUCGAACCGCGAGCCAUCGGUUGAAGGUCAACCACGCUCAAAACAGACAUUGCGCCACGCUUGCUUCCUGCUGCAAGCUCAAAAGGGUUCGUUGUCGGGUUGAUGAAGCGCUGAAAUGCUCGUCAUAAUGCUGAAAUAAAUGCGCCAUGCAAUGCAGUCGUGAAUUCAUUGCCGCCAGUCAAGUGGCGAAUGCCGAAAUACGGUCUUUCUCGUGUUCUUCCAAGUCUCCAGCAGCUUCAUUACGCUUUUUGAUAUUCGUUAUCGGAGGAUGAAGCUAGUGUGUCGCCUUCCCAGGAAUCGUCGGUCACUGGUGAUCGCAUGCCAGUCGAUGGCUCGCGGCUGCUGCUGGAGAAGCUGGAAGAAGAUCCGAUUGUCCAUUCGUCGCUGUCGCCGUGGAGUGCCAAUUCGUACUCGUCAAUGUCCGCAAUACCGUAUGCGUACAUUUCCUUCUCCUCGCCAUGCUCCACGUAGUCGUAGUCCCAUCGGAACAUCUUGCCAGGCUGCAGGCGAGGCAAGAAGCUGCCUUUUGCGAUGAAGUAGGCAAUUGCUGCGAUGAUGCUACCGCCGACCAAAUCAAUGGCGUAGUGGUGGCUCAAGUACAUUGUAGCAUACCACAUCCAGAGUGUGUAGAUGACAAACAAUGGUCGGAGCUUUGGAAAUGUGUGCGACAUGAACAGCGCCUCGAUGGUGGCGUUUCCGGAGUGCAGCGAUGGGAAAGCUCCGAAGACCAGUGGAGAUGCCGUAAACGUUGAUGUGUAGAGAUCAAUCCCAAACAGCUUGUCGAUUGCGGCCAGACCAGCAGGAGAGCCAGGAAUCGAGUAGUUAGCUGGUGCCAAUCCGUACAGGUUCUCGUACCAGGGUGCACUGCAUGGGAAGAGAAUCUGGAUCAUGACACCCGCCAUGUUCAUGUAGCCAAAGGCUCUCGCGAAUGUGGGGGUUGUGCCUGGUGGUCCGAAGAUGAACAUCAGCCCAGAGCAGACAAAGGGUGCUCCGAAGUGCGUGAUGCCGUAUGGUAACCACGCGAGCACAUCGAGAAACGAGUUCUUGUGUGCUGAGAGGAUGUUGCUCAGAUUUGCACCAUAAAGAAUAUUCUCCAUUGCAGGAAGCACUCGCACCCAGAUCCCGGGUCUGUACUCGCCGGGGAUGAAUUGACAGGCGUAGAAGAGUACGAGCCAUCCUGCGAUUGGGAGAAAGGGCAGGAAAAACUGCCUUGUGAUAGGUAUCACCAAGCUCGUCAUGAGCGCAGUCGCCACCGCCGUCUUGAACAGAGGGCUCUUGCCAUCUAUCAUGCACAAGCUGAAUAUGCCGACCACAGCCAAGAAGAGAUAUUGCGCGUCAUAGUAGCUCCAUUGAUGCGUCCGAAGGGCUCGAAUGGUGUCUGCGGGGUUGAAAGAGGUUUCGAUGGAGGCUAUUGAGGAGGUCGGUGUCGCUCGUGAUCGGAUUUUUGAACGCGUUGAUCUGAACUUCCGUCGGAUGCGAUGUGGUAUGUAGACGGGGAUGGCGGGCAGCGAUAUGCGAGGCAUGGUGAAGAAGCGGGUGGGCGAGCCUUCUCCAAAGGAGAAGUACUGCGUCCGCAUGGUUCGAGGCUCGGUGGUCGAUAGAAGAGCGGGCGCUCCUGGAGGUUGUUGUUGACACCGGGCUGUUCCACCGAGACCCACUGGUGCUGUGCUGCUGCGGCUGUGUUGAGACUCGGUGCAGCUGGCGACGGGCGUUGCUGCGGUGCUCGCGUGACACGACACUGGGGAUGUGCAAAAGGCAAACUCUGCGCGCAGCAGAUCCAGCACACAAAGAGCGUCUCCACUGGCAGAGGCGUUGGGUUAUAGUGUGAAAUUUGGUCCGCAGAUCGUUGUCGCUAGGGAGGGCGAUUAAGAUGAGGUGGACUGCUCGCGGCGGCGCACGGAUGCUCGCCAGACGACACAAAUCCGGCAGAACAGCGCGCGCUCAGCUGGCCACAGGAUGCGAUGCGACGCGGAGGGCGGAAGAGGAGCGUUGUUGCACUGUCAAUUUGGGCGAAACGCGUUGAAAUGAGGUUUGUGGGCGAGGGCAAAAGCAGGUGU